GUUGCCCAAAUCCUCUUGACCUCACUCAUUCCCUUCGUUACCGGAGCACACUCGAGUUACCGUACAGUUGAAUAAUGUAGAAGCCAUCAAAAGGCUCAAUUCGACGGAUUCGAACGGAAUUGCCCUAAAGAAGAAUUGCGCCGUGAUGAGCUUUGUUGCUUUUGACAUUGGAUGUGGUGUGUUCGUCGGAGGGAUCGACGAUGAGGACAAGCGUGCUUCUGCUGCAAUGUCAUCUUCAACUCUUCUCCUACCUUCAAAAGCUAUUAGUAAGCCAAAACUGUCCCAAGGUUCAAGGGAUUACACUCUAAAACAUGUGAAGAAGCAACAGUCUCUGUCCCACAGUCCAAAGACAAAAACAUCAGGUUUCACAGUCGCAAGCGGGCAAGGAUCUCCAUCAGAUUCGCCUGGAACUAAUCGCUGGUUCAAACCAGAGAUAGAUGCUCCAUCACCAAUACGAUCAAUCCAGAUAGAAGAAAAAGCCAUGAAGGAUCUGCGCCGCUUCUACAGCAGCGUGAAGACAAGAGGGUCAUCGACGAAGCCUCUCAGCUCAUAUCUGCUGCUUUUAGCUGUCGGUGUUACCAAUUUCGCAGUCAAUGGAACCUCCGAGAAAGAUUGGGACUUGGUGAAAGAGAUGGGAGAGACGUAUCCUUCUGUUGUACCUUGCAUCGGACUACAUCCUUGUGAUACCGAUGAAAUUGGAGCUGAAACUGAAAAUUUUCUUGUGGAUGCUAUAGAAUCUUCUGAUUCCCCUCUACUUGGCAACGAAACUGCAGGAGAUGAAAAGUAUUUUGGAAAGAGAAGAAAAAUUGCUUCCUGGAGUAUAGCUCGUGUGUGCAUAGGUGUCCUAGGUCUUGCUUCGGCAGCUUCAGCUGAGCGUCUUCCAAUGUUGUUUAUCAUCUUAACCACUGGGGCAAUAACUGCUCUAUGCGUGAGUUUGUUGGGUUCCCUUUUGGCUCAGCCCACGAACUCAAGUACCAGUGAAAAGCACAAUAGCUGUUGGUGUGCUUGCACUCGCAUUUUUCAUGGAUUUUGCACAGUUGUCCGAGAUGCCUGUGUGCUAGUUCUUAGAUAUGUGCCACCAGAUGGAGUUCCCCUAUCAUCACAUUGGUCACUACUAGAAUCGGUUAUGGUUCUCCCAAACUCAUACAAUGACCAUGGAGCUGCGCUUGGGGAGAAGGAACCUUUGGGUGGCCAUAUGAGGUAGCUGAAAAGCAACAGAAUUAAUCUUCCAUUUCGUUUUAAGAAAACAAAGAUUUUGAUUUCUUCAGUCCUCUGUUCUUGAGAGAUUUGCAUUCCACAUAGUUUGUUGUUGUUCGCCUAAAUGUUUGGAUCGUUCAAUCUGUCUAGCUGAGGACUUUCAGAGAUUCUACCUGUGAGUUUGUUGUUGCUCAACUCCAAUACAUUCAGCUCGCUGAG